AUGCCCGCCAAGGGAACAUACAAGGGAAUCCUGGACACCAUUGGCAACACCCCGCUGGUGGAGUUGCAAAACCUGAGCCCCAACCCCAACGUACACAUCUACGCCAAGUUGGAAGGACAGAACCCCACCGGCAGUGUGAAGGACCGCAUCGGGCUCAGGAUGAUCGAACGCGCCGAGGCGGACGGCGAGAUUACCCCCAACCGAACCAUCCUGGAGCCCACCUCCGGCAAUACCGGAAUCUCCCUCGCUUUGGUCGGCCGGCUGAAGGGUUAUAAAGUCAAGGUCGUCAUGCCCGAGAACGUGUCGCCCGAGCGCACCAUGCUGCUGGAGGCGUACGGGGCGGAGAUCGUCUACUCGGACGGCACCCUGGGCACCAAUGGCAGCGUCGUCAUGGCCCAGGAAAUUGUGGAAAAGAAUCCGCACGAUUACCUGAUGCUAUACCAGUACGGCAACGAGGGUAACCCGGAGGCUCACUACGAAGGCACUGGUCAGGAAAUCGUCGAGGCCCUGCCCGACGUGGACGUGUUCGUGGCCGGCCUGGGCACCGGCGGCACCCUGAUGGGCAACGCCCGCCGCCUCAAGGAGCACCGCAGCGACAUCAAAAUCAUCGCCGUUGCGCCGGAACCCGACGACUUCAUUUCCGGCCUGCGCCGCCUCGAAGACGGCUUCAUCCCACCCAUCCUUGACAUCAACCUGCUGGACAACCGCCUGCUUGUCAACAGCUUCGAUUCCUUCUACAUGACCAAACAGUUGCUGGACAAGGAAGGCAUCUUCGCCGGCAUCUCUUCCGGGUCAGUGAUCGCCGGCGCGCUGAAACAGGCUGACCGAAUGGAAGGCGGCAACGUGGUGUGCCUGCUGGCGGACGGCGGGUGGAAAUACCUGAGCAGCCAACUCUGGACCAAGGACUACGAAACCCUGGCCAAAGAAACCCAGGGCAAAAUCUGGUGGUAA